AUGCAAAAGCGAUUUAUAUCUAAAUCACUAACCAGCUUUAAAUAUAUUAGAAAGCCCUCUUUACUUGUGAGAGGAUUCUCAGCUACUCAAGGACAAUAAGCAGAAACAGAGUAGCCAUUUUAAGAAUAAUCAGGCAACUCUGAGCAAUCUUAAAGUACUCUCUCAGACCCACCUCCUGUAUUUGAUUAUUAAGCCCCAAAGGAUGACUCUUAUUAGAAUUUUCAAAGUACAAAAGACUUUAUUAGACGCUAUUUCAUCCUGUUUCCUCUUGCUGCUUAUUGCUUCUACGAAUUAUGCUUUAUUUCCAAGAAUAGAAUUUCCAAAAAUAGAGAGUAUAAGCUCUUUGGAGGUCUCUUCCACUCAUCAGUACUCGGGCCAUUGAUAUCUUAGCGUAUUAGUAAAGCUUACGAGGGAAAGUUCUACAAGCAGGACACAGAGGAAGUAAAAUUAGUUCGCAAUAUAAUUGAUAAGGUUGUGCUCAGCAAUAAUCUUAUAUAGCAUGUAUCACCAUACUACUAGGUGAAGGUGAUUCACAAUGAAAAUAUUGGGAUGUUUAUGAAUGUUGAUAAUAAACUAUAUGUGAGUGUAAAUGUACUUAAAAUAGCUGAGAUGAAAGAAGAGCAAGUUGCUUUGCUAAUAUGCCAUGAGCUUGCUCAUUAUAUCUUGGAUCAUCAAAUUCAAAGGCUGUUGAAUAGCUUAGGACAUUACAUGCUGAAAGACUUGGGACUGUUCAAGCUUAAAAGUGAUAUUAAAUUUAGAGAUCCGACCUUAGAUGAAUUCAAAAAAAGAACUUAGGUUCAGCAUUACUUAUGUUUCUAUCCACAUCAAAGAGUGAUGAGUAAGUUUUAUGAAAGAAAUUGUGAUACUCUUGCUAUUUAGCUUUGGAAGAAAGCAUAUCCAGAUUGUGAUCAUCUCAGUAUUGUUGAGCAAGUUUAUGAUAGAAUAAAUUAGGAAAUUCAAAAGAAUCCAUAGCUUAAAGAAAAAGAAUAAUUUUAGCCAGAUUACAAAUAUAACAGAUUAGAAAUUAAUAGAAAGUUAGUUAAUGCCAAAGUAGAAGCAUAGGUUGUGCCAGCUUGA